AUGACGCCGGAGGGUGGAGACCGGAGGGGCGACAAGGAGCGGGAGGUCAUCCUGCUGGGCAUCCUCAACAUAGAAAGUGUGUACGGCAAGGAGUGGGUUAAAAAAAAAAAAGAAGUGAAGAAGGACCUGCAAAGCAGAUCUGUUAUGCUAAACCAAGCCUUUAAGAAUCCCCACAUCUUCCACGAGCGAUUUGAGUUCCUCUCCGCAGACGAUUACAGCUGCGUAAAGAAUAAUUACAUUUAUAGCGCCAUCGUUAUUUUUAACCCUAACUUGGGGGGGAACUCCUCUGGGGGGGAAGAGCCUGUGUCGGAGGGGGGACACAUGGGGGAGGACGCUCCCGCUGGGCAAGCAAAAGUGAAGAACACCUGCGUGGUGAGCGGUGGGCAGCACACCAGGCACGCCGCACAGGGGGGAGCGGCUUCACUAUGUGGUGGGAGCACCUGCCGCCCAGAAAAAAAGGAAGGAGUCGGCGUCCUAGUCGUCACUUGCAAAAAAACCGACAGUGAAAAGAUGAAGAAUAUUUUGGUUAAGAUGUUGAAGAAGGAAAUACGAGUUGAGUGCACCGCCCUCAAAUGCAAAGACGGCCACUUCUCCAGCCUCUCCCACGUCCGUCGCGAGGAGAGAGACGUCAGGGGGAAGCACACAGAAAUUAGGUACUUGGACCGGCCCCCCGCCUCCCCGGCAGCGGUGCAGUCGAGCGUGCAGUCGGGCGUACAGUCGAGCGCACAGUCUACACUUCAGUCUACGCUUCAGUUUGCAUCUCCGCCCGCACCGUCGGCUGCGAACAAGCCCUUCAACGUUUCGCGGAAUAACUUCUUCAACAUGACUGCCUACAUCUAUGGAUCGUCCAACCUGUUGGCGAACAGCAGCUUGAUUCUACGCGAGUACGGAGACGAUGAGUGGGCCGAGCGCCUGCGGCGGACGAAGAAGGGGAAGGAGCAGGCUCACGGCGGACCAUCCCCCCCCACAGGUGCCCAUGAUGCCUCGGAGCCACGGGAAGGUGGUCUCAUAAAAACAUUCACGUCGUUGUUUAAGAAGUGA